AUAGGCAAUUUAGUCCCUGAGAUUGUAACCACUUUGCAUAUUAGUCCCUGACUUAAAUUUUAAUUCAUAAUAGUCCCUAACUUUACCUCCGUUAUGCAAAUAAGUCCCUGCUGUUAAAAUCUAAUUUCCUCCGUUAGUCAAAUGUCUAUUUGGCAAAUGUAAGCAUCCAAUGUGGCAGGUUUGAGUCCAAGUCAGCAAUAUUAUGUGGCAAGGCAAGGACUGAAUUGAAAAAUUAGGUUUAAAAGAAAUCAAAAAUGAAGUAAACCCAUUUUCUCUUUCACUGUUGCUCUUCCCUCCCCUGCAUUCUCGUGAUUGAGGGUUCGCGCUUUUUGUCAGGUUGGUGGUUUCAUUCAAUUCGUUUGCAUUGUUUUGGUGGUUUGAUUUGGGGUUUUACAUGUUCGAGGGGUUUCAUUUGCGGCAUUGUCUUCGCGCUUCGUAGGGAGGUUUAUGAUCGUUUAUUAUUUUCGUUUAUGAUGCUCUGUUUUUAUAGAUGACAAUGUUUUUGGUUUUUGAUUGUGUCUUCGCGGUUUUUGACAAUGUCAAUGUCUUCGCGCUUUUUGAGGUAGGUUUUUUUAUUUCCUAAUAUCUGACCAUGUUUGCGGUUUCUGAUUGUGUAGAAUGAAUGAUAAUAUAACUUUAGUAUUGCACCAUGGAGGAAGAUUCACUCCACGUGCCAGUGAUGGAAAGGUUGAAUAUAUAGGCGGAGAAUUUGACGUUUGGGAGGAUAUAUCUGCAGAUUGCCUGAAUGCAUUUAUCUUAUAUGAUCUGGUGAAAGCUUGUAAGAAGUAUAGUAAUAUAGGAGAAUGUUUUUGGUUGAUUGAUAAGGACUUAGAUUUUAAUCAUGGGUUAAGGAGUUGUACAACUGAUGGAGAUAUAUUACACUUAGUUAGGGAUGCUUUUGAAAAUGAGAAUGAGAUAAAUGUUUAUUUUCAUCAUGAAGUAGAUCCAAUUUUAGAAGAAGUCCCACAAAUGUUGUACUUGGAAUGUUAUCCAAUUCGAAAAGCUGUUGAGAAUGAGGAUGAUUUAGAUGAUGUACCUGUUGCUGGCCAUGAGGAAGAUGUUGGUGCUGGAGAGCAGACAGAUGCUGGUGAGCAGAUGGAUGCUGGUGAGCAGAUGGAUGCUGGUAAGCAGAGGGAUGGUGAUGAGCAGAGGGAUACUGAUGCUGGUGAGCAAAGAGAUGGUAGUGAGCAGAGGGAUGUUGAAGCUGGUGAGGAGAGAGAUGCUGAUGGUGAAGAGAGAGAUGUUGCUGAUAGUGAGGAGGAAAGGGAAGUUGACAGUGAUGAGACAGAUGCUGAGUGGUUUAUAAAUUUCUCUUGUAUGUUGAAUGAAGUUGAAGCUGAAGUUGAGACAGAUGGUUAUCAUUCAGAGGAGCUUAAUAUCCCCAUUAGUAGUGAUGAUGAAGAUGAGGAUGUUGAAGUUUAUCCUCAAUAUAGUCAAAGUAGUGGAGUUGGUGAACAGAAGUUGGAAUUAGGGAUGGAGUUUGGUACUCUAGAUGAAUUUAAAUCUGCCUUGAGGGAGUAUAGCAUAUUGAUGGGCAGGGAGUUCAAGUGGAAGAAGAAUGAUAAACAGAGGGCUAGAGCAAAAUGCAAGAAGGCAUUUUGUGAUUGGGAAAUCUACUGUGCAAAGAAUGAAGUUAGAAACUCUUUUCAGAUAAAGACAUUUAAGCAUAACCAUAAUUGCUGCAGAGAAGUGAACAACAAACAAGCAAAUAGACAGUGGGUGGUCAGUAAACUUGAGGGCAAACUCAGAAUGCAGCCAACCCUUAAAUGUGUUGAAGCUUUGGAAUAUUUCAAGCAAGAGUUUGGAGUGCACAUUGAAGUUACAAAGAUGUGGAGAGCCAUGAAAGAAGCAAAGCAAUUAGUGGAAGGGAAUGAGAGGAAACAAUAUGCCAAAGUAUUUGAUUAUGCACAUGAAUUGUUGAGGAGCAAUCCUGGAUCAACAGUUAAGAUCAACACAGUGCCAAGUCCAGAAGGUCCACCACAAUUUCAGAGGCUAUAUAUUUGUCUUGCUGGCUGUAAGAAGGGGUUUGUUGCUGGAUGUAGACCAUUCAUAGGUCUAGAUGGAUGUUUCCUAAAGAGUGCAUUUGGAGGAAACUUGCUCUCUGCUGUUGGGCUUGAUGGCAAUAACCACAUCUAUGUUAUUGCUUAUGCUGUUGUGGACAUUGAGAACAAAGACAAUUGGAAAUGGUUUUUAACUUUGUUGCAUGAAGAUCUUGGGGAUUACAUACAGAAUGGGUGGAAUUUCAUGUCAGACAUGCAAAAGGGACUUAUUCCAGCUUUACAGGAAGUCAUGCCUGGUGCACCUCAUAGAUUUUGUGUCUUGCAUCUUUGGAAAAAUUUUACAAAGCAAUGGAAAAGCAAGGAACUUAAAGGAAUUGUGUGGCAAUGUGCAAAAUCCACUACUGUUGCUGAGUUUGAAGGCCAUAUGGCCCAUUUGAAGACAAUCAACUGCCAGGCUUGGGAGUAUUUGAAUAAAUGGCCCAAACAAGCAUGGACAAAAGCCCACUUCAGUACAACACCCAAGGUGGACAAUAUAUGCAACAACACUUGUGAGGUAUUCAAUUCCAGAAUUCUGCAGUAUAGAUGCAAGCCUAUUAUCACAAUGCUUGAAGAAAUUAGAAGUUAUAUCAUGAGAACCAUGGCUGCCCGCAAGGUUAAACUUUCUGGAAAACCUGGACCAUUAUGUCCAGUGCAGUAUAAAAGACUAGAAAAAGAAUUCCAUUUUGCUAAUCAAUGGACUCCCAUUUGGUGUGGUGAUAACAUGGGCCUGAGAUAUGAGGUCCACAUGUGGGGGAAUAAGGUUGAGGUCAAUUUAGGUGAAUGGACAUGCACUUGUGGAGUAUGACAACUAACAGGGAUGCCAUGCCGACAUGCCAUUGCAACAAUAACUCACAAAGGAGGGAAGCCUGAGGACAUGUGUCAUGAGUGGCUGUCAAUAGAAGCUUAUAAUAAGACAUACCAGCAUUUUAUUGAACCAGUCCAAGGACCACAAUAUUGGGCCCAGACACAGUAUACACACCCUGUUCCACCACAUAAAAAGGUCCAAAGAGGAAGGCCAAAGAAAAAUAGAAGGAGAUCUGUAGAUGAGGACAAUGUCACAGGACAUAAGCUAAAGAGGAAAUUGGCUGAGUUUACAUGUGGAAGGUGUGGCCAAACCAAUCAUAACAUUAGAAGCUGUAAAAAUAUUGGAGUUCCUGUUAGGCCAAAGAAAUAUGUUGCACCAUCAACUUCCAAUGAGGAUGACCACCUAUUAUCUCAAGAUGAACAAGCUUUGAAUGAGGCUGAAGAAGCUGCUGCUCAUGUUCAACAAGAUCCGGUGGAGAUUAAUUUAUCUCAGCCUCAUUUGUCACAAGAUAGUGACAUGGAGGUCCCUGCAACUAUUGUUCCACCAAUAGCAAGGAAUAAGCUAGCCAUAACAAGAGCCAAAAAAAGGAAGGUUGCUGAUAAAGAUGAUGCAGAAAACUGAAGAACCAUUUUUUGUUGCAUUUUGAAGGUUGCUGAAGACCCAUUUUUUGUUGCGCAUUUUGAAGGUUGCUGAGUUUGAAGGUUGCUGAUGAAGAAAACUGAAGAAGCAUUUUUUGUUGCAUUUUGAUAUUAGGAUGUGUAGUUGUAUAUUUUGAAAGCUUCACUGGCAUGUGAAAUGAUGUCAAAUAUUAGGAUGUGUAGUUGUAUAGUUUGAAGGCCUACUGAACAAUUGCUUCUAACUACCAUGCUUUGGGAUGUCAAAUAUUAUGUGAAAUUGAUCUAAAGUCAUGUUUCUUCUCUUUCUUUUAUAAAUUAUACACUGUGUUGGAUU